AAAACCUCUUAGCAAAAAACCACUAACGCGCGCGCGCAAACAUAAAACAAACUGAUCUGCCAAAACUAUCCGAUCGACUUAACGAUGAGUGUAAACAAUCUACCGGUGGAGAUCCUACAGGUGAUCUUCCAGUAUCUCCCAGUACGAGAUCGCCUCGUUGCCUCGACGGCCUGUCGCGAAUGGGCACUAACGGCCCUUUCGUGGCCCUGUUUGCAGGAUGUCGUACUAGUCAUCAGAACUUCCACUUGUGGAGAGUCUCUCCCGGAGCUGGAAAACAGCCACAGGCGGUAUCGGAAUGUACGCGUGGACUUCGAUCGUACGCUUGAUCAACUCCAGCUGCAGUGUUUGUUUGAAAUAUUUUCCAGAUUUGGCGAGUUUCUGGAGCGACUGACGAUAGAUUGGUGUGUGGAUGAUACCCCGAUUGAUUUACAUGUUCUCUUAGCGUUUCUAAGGAAGACUCCUACGCUGAAAGAGCUGCAGGUAUAUGACAAAGAUCAAUUAUCUGAUUCUGAAUCAAUGAACUUGUUUGAAAUACCGGUUCUGCGGCAGUUAGAGGAUGUAACCUUGCCGGUUGGCGUUAUGGACACUGUUGAGUUCGAUUUGGUCAAACUGGCGCCCAACGUGAAGCACGUCGAUGUUGAGUUCUGUGGGAAGCAUCCCUGGGAAGCGAUCAAGACGUUGAAUGAAAAGCUACAAACUCUUAGUAUCCGUACAGAAACCAAAAAUAAUUUCAGACAGCUUUGGGCGUUGAAGCCGGAUAAGCUGCAGGAACUUUUUCUAAUAAGACGUGACUGUGAUCUACUCCCUCCAGAUGAUGUAACAGUUCCAUAUGCCAUACAUUUCUUUCCGAAAUGUUCUAAAUUAACUGCACUUAGACUCGAAUUGAACGUUCCAUUACCUGUUUUAGAAGUCAUAGCUAGAUGCUGCCCGCACCUGAAAGCGCUCUUAGUUUACGAACACGAUGAUGGGUGGCAGUUACUAACAAUUAUACAGCAGUUUAUCAAACUAGAGAGCUUGACAAUAUCAGAAACGUUUUUCGAUCAUUACUACGGAAAAAGUGAAGAUUUAUGUUUACCAGGUCUCAAGAACUUGGAACUGUAUGCACCGGAUUUAGCGAACGCAAAUCAGUUCUUCAUUCAGUUGGAUAGUAUUAUGCCAAAGUUAACCGCGUUGCAGCUGAUACACUACAAUAAAAUAUGUGAAGAAUACUACGAUAAGGUUGUUCUGCAGGCCUUAUUUCGAUCAAAAUUACGGAGGUUAGAAAAGUUAAUGCUGUUCGAGGGUGGCUCUGACUUUCCUUCCCAUCUCUUAAGUCAACUUAAUCUUUUACCCAAUUUGAAAGAACUGAGAAUUGUUUACCACACUCUUAUGCCUUGGAGUCGGUCUGCGACUAUACCGGGUAUUCGAGUGUUUGCGGUAAAUGUUCCGCUGAGCAACUUCCAACUGCGUGGUCUACUGAGGCUUUUUCCAUCGCUAAUUAGAUUGGAGUUGUUGGAACACAAGGAUUCGCCUUUGUGUUUAGAAGAACUACGCAGGAUUAUGCCACAAUGUGAUUUUGUUAUUAGGGCGGUACCUUUUAUAGAAAAAUGGAUUUAAGCUGUCGUAGAUUGUACGUUAAACAUUCUAGAAAUACAUUG